CUUGCUCCGCCUUGCGUUGCCGACGCAGACCGUGUGGCCGAGGACCCUGCCCGGCGCCGCUCGUUCGCCUUCCCAGCCGCUGCCGCCGCCGCCACCUCCGCCUCUUUUCAACCUUGGUCUUCACCGCCCUCUCUUAGGCUUCCCCUUUUCCUGUGAGGCGGCCGCUGAUUUCCCCCUUCGCUGCCACCGCGUCCGGUCCAGUCGCUGCUCGCCAUGACCUUGUUGACUGCCAGCAGCAGGGCGGCCGCGCGCCUCCUGGGUGCCAAGAAUGCAUCGUGUAUCAUUUUUGCCGCUAGACAUGCCAGCGCCUCCACGAAUCUGAAAGAUGUUCUUGCAAGCAUGAUACCCAAGGAGCAAGCAAGACUUAAAAGCUUCAGGCAACAAUAUGGCAGCACGGUCAUUGGCCAAAUAACUGUGGAUAUGAUCUAUGGCGGCAUGAGAGGUAUGAAAGGGUUAAUAUACGAGACCUCUGUGUUGGAUCCCGAUGAGGGUAUCCGUUUCCGUGGCUAUAGUAUUCCUGAGUGUCAGAAGCUGCUGCCCAAAGCUCCUGGAGGUGCAGAGCCCCUCCCAGAAGGGUUGUUUUGGUUGCUGGUGACAGGAGAGAUCCCAUCCCAAGAUCAGGUGACCUGGGUGUCCCGAGAGUGGGCCAAGAGAGCAGCUCUGCCUUCCCAUGUGGUCACCAUGCUGGACAACUUCCCUACCAACCUUCACCCCAUGUCCCAACUCAGCGCUGCAGUCACCGCCCUCAACAGCGAGAGUACCUUUGCCCGCGCCUAUUCAGAGGGAAUCAGCCGGACCAAGUACUGGGAGUUCAUCUACGAGGAUUCCAUGGACUUGAUUGCCAAGCUGCCAUGUAUAGCUGCAAAGAUCUACCGUAACCUGUACCGUGAGGGCAGCAGCAUUGGCGCCAUAGACCCUGCCUUAGACUGGUCACACAACUUCACCAACAUGCUGGGUUACAGUGACCCACAGUUCAUUGAACUCAUGCGGCUCUACCUCACCAUUCACAGUGACCAUGAAGGCGGGAAUGUUAGUGCCCACACCAGCCAUUUAGUGGGCAGUGCCCUUUCGGACCCUUACUUGGCUUUUGCUGCGGCUAUGAAUGGUCUGGCUGGGCCACUCCAUGGUCUUGCAAAUCAGGAAGUGCUGGUAUGGCUGACAAACUUGCAAAAGGAGCUGGGUGAAGAUGUGUCAGAUGAGAAGCUAAGAGAUUUCAUCUGGAAUACCUUGAACUCGGGCAGGGUGGUUCCCGGCUAUGGUCAUGCAGUGCUAAGGAAGACUGACCCUCGCUAUACUUGCCAGAGGGAAUUUGCUCUUAAGCACCUUCCCAAAGAUCCCCUCUUCAAGCUGGUGGCCCAGCUGUACAAGAUUGUCCCUAAUGUGCUGCUGGAGCAGGGCAAGGCCAAAAAUCCUUGGCCUAAUGUGGAUGCACACAGUGGAGUCCUUUUACAGUACUAUGGCAUGAAGGAGAUGAACUACUACACAGUGCUGUUUGGUGUCUCUCGAGCUCUCGGUGUUCUGUCUCAGCUGAUCUGGAGCCGGGCGCUUGGCUUCCCCUUAGAGAGACCCAAAUCUAUGAGCACGGAUGGGCUGAUGGUGCUUGUGGGUGCCAAGUCUGGUUAAAGCCGGGGAUGUAGCAGAGGGUAGCUAUUGAGGGAAUGGUAGAGACGAUGCAACUUCUUGGUUUUGUUCAAAAGGGCCUUGACAAGAUCUUUCCUUUUGAGGCACUGACCAUCACAUUUUCAGGUUAUUUAUCAGAAAAAUUCAGCUGAAACUAGAAACGUAUCCCCCCCCAACACACCCUAUUACCUUUUAAUACCACCUAAAGUUAGUUUAAACUCUCAGGUGCAGGGCCCAAGGCAGCUCUUCCCAACCGGAGUUGAUGCCCUUGGCUACAGCGUGAGUUGCUGCAUUACGACAUUGCCCAGAGUUGCUGGCCAGGAGCAGAGGAUAGUGCUCCGUUUAACAAUCAUGUUGUAUCACAUACUGCUUUUGUAUCAGCUCUGCCACCUUUUCCCUCUGUGCAGAGGAGAGAUUCUGCAUUCUGAACAAUAUCCUCUUUUUCUAAGCCAGCUUGGAGCACUGUGAGGAGGGGAAGGGAGGUUCUUGCCCUCCACGUGCUCAGUCUCCUACUCCCUUUGUGUAUAUUCUCUCCCCCCCCCCGCUGUAAAACAGCAGGAUUUGUGCUCUUAAGGGUAGAGCAAGGCAGGCUGCAGCUCCCCAAUCAUCUGUGCUGAGCAGUGGAGUCAAACUCACUCCCCCCCCCUUAUCGAAGAGGGGCAGUGGUACUCAGCACGUGAUGGCCUUCAUUGUUAUUGGCCCCCAUGCAAGACUCCCAUCAUUCCCUGUCCUUGGGAGACUGUUCUGUGCUGCCAAAGGCAGAAUUCUAGUGAGCUUCUGCUGGGCACUCAGAUCUCCCCGUCCCUCCCUCUUUGGCCUAAAGGGGGAGAAGGCGGCACAGGGUGCUUGAAGGAAGUGCUUUUCCCUCCUCUUUGUUUUGAUUUCAGUGUUGGUGCUGUGGUAUUGAAAGGGUGGGGUUGUCUCAAUCUUAAAGAGAAAGUAUUUGGUAACACUUUUGUUUCCCAGAAUGGCAACCAUGAUGUCACAUGAACUUCAGUGGGCUAGCCACAGCUUUAGAGCAGUGAUGGCAGAGAAUGGAACCCGUCUCCUGGCCUCCUUUCCUCACUAGAAAGGACUUCAUACACUCCUACCUAUUUUUGUUUUGUUUUUUCUCUGUGUGUUUGUGUGAAAUCCCUUGUCCCCUUGAAACCACAAAAUGGAAAGAAACCCCACUCUUUAAGUUGGAGGCACAGUAUACAUGGCUGUGCAGGCAUCUGCAUUCUGUUGCAAACUUCAGGUGGUUCUGUACAAACUGCAAAAUAAAUGUUUUUAUUAACAA